UUAUGAGUGGUUGAACCAGCUCUAAUCCAAGCUGUUUAUUUUACAAAAAGAACACAAAAGUUGUAAUUCUGUCAUUAAAUUAAAUGCAAAAUAGGAUUUUCCAGCAUCAUUGCAUAUAGCUAAACCCAGAUUUCGGAAAAACCCUAUUUGACAGCGAUAUAUUUUGCCUAAAAAUAGGAAUUUGUGGAUAAAUUACCCCCCGGAGUGACAAAGAUCUGUAUUGUCAUACAGACGCCUGCAGAAAAAAGGGUUUUACAACAAGGAAAUGAGCUAUUUUGCAGAGGUAUGAUUUCUAAAAUUCAACGGCAAAUAUAAUGGAUAACAUAGUCUACGACUUUGCCAAGAUCACGUUUCAAGCAAAAGACAACGGGUCACCCACUAACUCGAAUUUCUCGUGGCAACUAAAGAAGAUGGCCUUGUCGGACAUGGAGGAGAUGCAGGACACAUCCGAGCCCAUAGCUGCACCCGAAUCCGAUGACAAUGUCAGUAGUGAAUCGCAAGACUCCGACGAUGUGGACUCGCAAUUGAGUCGCUGCGAGGACAACGAUGACGACAGUGAUUGCAUCAGUGAAUCCUCCAGGCGUAGUUCCACUUUCGGAGCUCGGGCGGGCGUGGCUCGUCGCAGGAUGCCCGCCAGGGUGUCCAAGGACAACUUUAACCGGAUCUGCAGCGCCAUCAUGAAACCCAUCAAAAAGAAGCAACGCAAAGAGCUGAACACAAAUGCCCAAACCCUUAAGAGCAUCGAAAAGAUCUACACCAGCAAGCGCAUGAAAAAGUUCACGCCCACCAAUCUGGAGACAAUCUUCGAGGAACCCAGCGAUGAGAAUGCCGCCGAUGCAGAGGACGACAGCGAGGAGUGCUCCAUCAGCAGCCAAGUGAAGGUAGUCAAGGUGUGGGGUCGCAAACUCCGCCGCGCCAUAUCCUUCAGCGAUGGCCUGAACAAGAAUAAAAUCCUGUCGAAGAGACGCCGCCAGAAGGUGAAGAAGACCUUUGGCAAGCGCUUCGCACUCAAAAAAAUCUCCAUGACCGAGUUCCACGAUCGUCUGAAUAAGAGCUUCGACAGUGCCAUGCUGGAGGGUGAUGAUGGAGAGGCGGGAGGAUCGGCGGAGACCAUCGACAUCCCCAAGACAUCCAUGACCAUGGAAGACAUACAGCUGCCGACAAUGAGCAGCCAGCACCAGUUCCUCAUGCAACCGGCGGGCUUUGAGUAGAGAGACUGAAUGAUCCAUCAAAUACGCAUACCCACAUUAAUCUGCAUUGCAUUAAAACUAGCUAAUAGUGCCCAAAAAUAAAUGUACUGAUUACCAAUUAUGAAGUUAGCAUUUACGUUCGUUUGGUUAACUUCUCACCUUAGUCUUAAGCCCCAUACAAGUUAUAUAUGAGUGUAAAUAGCAUGUAGAAGAAAAGAAAAUAAGAGCUAUACCUAGAGCUAAACUUAUCCAGCCAUAGAAUACGAUUCUGUGCCUAGCUAUUAAGAUAAUAAAUAAAAGUUGAAAAUACAUAUCCAUCCACUGUCGUUCGGAAAAUCCUGUGCGAUCACUGGACAGAGA